GAGUCUUCUGGUGGGAAGAGUAGCUGGUAUGCAGGUAAAGUAAAUACACGGCAUGGACACUUGCCAAUGGCUAUGCACUUAACCAAGUCACUAUCUCUGUCCAGCGGCUUAAAUCUCAUCCAAACAAGAAGAAGAGAAGAAAGUGACAGGAAGAAGGAAACCUCAAAUUAG